AGAUCCCCUCGGUGACACCGCGCUUGGCCGCCCGCAACCAGACGUCCUUCCGUGUGACCUGGCCCCGCCCCCCCGUGCCUGUGGAUGGCUACCAGGUGGCCCUCAUCCCUCUGGAUGAGCCAGCGGCGAUGACCACCCAUGAGCUACCCGGUUCCAGUGUCGCCUUCGAGGUGACAGGGCUGGCACCCGGCCACGCCUUCGAGCUCUUUGUCCAGGCCCAGCGGGAGAAGCACCUCGGGGCACCCGGCACCCUGCGCGUCCGCACCCUGCUUGCCCAGACUCUGCCCACCCACGGGGGGUCCCCAGGGUCCCCUCAGGGUUCCCUGGGGUCCCCGGCAUCACCAGUGGCCCCAGCGUCACCAUCAGUCCGAGGGUCUCCGGCAUCCCCAAGGUCCCCAGCGUCACCAGGGUCUCUGGGAUCACCGGCAUCACCAGUGUCACCAGAUGCAUCCUUGGGGUCACCAGGGUCUUUGGGGUCACCAGCAUCCCCAGCAUCUCCAAGGUCCCCAGAGUCACCAGCAUCCCCAAGAUCACCUGCAUCUCCACGGUCUCCAGUAUCACCACAGUCCCCUGCAUCACCUCCAUCUCCAUGGUCCCCGGUGUCCCCAGCAUCCCCACUCUCCCCAGUGCUCCCGGGUGGCCCAUCUCUGCAUGACCUGGGGGCCAAGCUCUCGUCCUACAAUGGCUCCUUGCUGCAGCGCUUGGAGAGCCACCUCCGGGCUACAAAAUUCCCACUUCGGGGCAACCAAACGGUGCCAGCAGUGGCCCGCGCCAUCCUCUCUUACCUUCUACGCCGCAGCCCAGCCCUGUUGCGUCACCAACUCCUCCGCCAGAUCCCCCACCCCAAGCCCCAUUUGAUGCCAGGAGCUGCUGGUGAGGCUCUGGUGGACCUGGAUGGGCUACGGGGCCACGCAGAGACCGUGGUGAUCCGUUAUCGGCUCCUGGAAGAGCCAGAGGGGGCCGAGGGGGAGCUGCAGGUGCCAGGGGACACGGCGGUGGUCCGGGUACCAGGGCUGGUGCCGGGGGCCAGGUACCGGGUGGAGGUGCACGGCGUGGUGCGGGGGCACGUCUCCAAGUCCUACACGUUCCUGGUGACGGCAGGGGUAGAUGGCACCAAUGAGCCGCCGCUGGGCUGGGAGCACCUGUAUGAGAUGGAGUUGACAGAGCCACAAGGUGCCGUAGCCAAAACAGCCCCGCCAUUGGAGGACCCACCUCCGCGGCCCCGCCUGGGCGAGCUCACAGUUUCCCACGUGAGCCCCGACUCGGUGCAGCUGGAGUGGAGCAUCCUCGAGGGCACCUUUGACUCCUUCACGGUGCAGUACCGGGAUGUGCAUGGCCAACCUCAGGCACUUGCAGUUGACGGGGGUUCCCGCAUGCUGACCGUCCCCGGCCUGGCACCAUCCCGCCGCUACAAGUUCAACUUGUACGGGGUGUGGGGUCGGAAAAAGAUAGGUCUUAUCUCCACCGAAACUGUCACAGGUGAGGGGGGCUCAAAGGAGGAACCCCAAUCGCAGCCAAUCCUGGGCGAGCUCACGGCCUCCCACGUGAGCCCCGACUCGGUGCAGCUGGAGUGGAGCGUCCCCGAGGGCACCUUUGACUCCUUCACGGUGCAGUACCGGGAUGCCCAAGGCCAGCCCCAGGUGCUGCCCGUGGACGGGGGUUCGCGCACGGUGACCGUGCCGGGGCUGUCACCGUCCCGCCGCUACAAGUUCAACCUGUACGGGGUGUGGGGUCGGAAACGUCUGGGCCCCGUCUCCACCGACGCCGUCACAGCUGCAGCCGAGCCAGAGGAGGAACCCCCAUCGCAGCCAAUCCUGGGCGAGCUCACGGCCUCCCACGUGAGCCCCGACUCGGUGCAGCUGGAGUGGAGCGUCCCCGAGGGCACCUUUGACUCCUUCACGGUGCAGUACCGGGAUGCCCAAGGCCAGCCCCAGGUGCUGCCCGUGGACGGGGGUUCGCGCACGGUGACCGUGCCGGGGCUGUCACCGUCCCGCCGCUACAAGUUCAACCUGUACGGGGUGUGGGGUCGGAAACGUCUGGGCCCCGUCUCCACCGACGCCGUCAUAGAGGACCCCGACUCGGUGCAGCUGGAGUGGAGCGUCCCCGAGGGCACCUUUGACUCCUUCACGGUGCAGUACCGGGAUGCCCAAGGCCAGCCCCAGGUGCUGCCCGUGGACGGGGGUUCGCGCACGGUGACCGUGCCGGGGCUGUCACCGUCCCGCCGCUACAAGUUCAACCUGUACGGGGUGUGGGGUCGGAAACGUCUGGGCCCCGUCUCCACCGACGCCGUCACAG